CCUUCCUUUACGUAAAUUCACCUCCAAGCAAACCCCUUCCUCUUCUUUCUCUCCUACAAAACAAAACCCAAUAAAUAAAAAAAAGGGAAAAAAAAAAAAUUUUCUCUAUCUCUUUCUCUGCAAUUUUCCUUCCUCAUAAUAUUCAUCACCACAACAAAACCAUAACACUCUUCUACCUUUUGCUCGGUCUUAAACAUGUCGGAAACCAAAAGAGCCCUUGCCGUGCUCGUUUUCCUUCUAUCUGUUUCAGUUCUUGUCACGACCCCAUCAACUUCCGCAACCGAGACUUUCGUAUUCGGCGGUUGUUCUCAGCUCAAAUAUGCACCCGGUUCGCCCUACGAGUCGAACGUCAACUCGCUGCUCACUUCCGCUGUCAACUCGGCCAUGUCUACUUCCUACAACAACUUCACCAUCUCAGGCUCUUCCAGCUCCAGCUCUCAGGACACCGUCUACGGCCUCUUCCAAUGCCGCGGUGACCUCAACGGGAACGACUGCGGCCGCUGCGUGGCUCGCGCUGUGAGUCAACUCGGGACUCUGUGCGUUGACUCGUUCGGUGGAGCUUUGCAGCUCGAAGGGUGUUUCGUGAAGUAUGAUAAUAGCAAGUUUUUGGGUGUGGAGGACAAGACUGUGGUGGUGAAGAAAUGUGGGCCGUCGAUCGGGUAUGAUUCUGACGCGUUGACUAGGAGGGAUGCCGUGCUGGCUUAUUUGGGGACGUCCGAUGGGUCUAAUAGGCCUUACCGUGUGGGUGGUUCUGGGGAUGUUCGGGGUGAGGCGCAGUGUGUAGGGGAUUUGAGUGCGAGUGAGUGUCAGGAUUGUCUGUCGGAGGCGAUCGGACGGCUCAAAACUGAGUGUGGGCCCGCUGCUUGGGGUGAUAUGUUCUUAGCUAAGUGCUACGCGCGCUACUCGGAAGGUGGAUCUCACUCUCGCUCCGGAAAUGGCGAAAAUGAUAGUAAUAAUAACGAUGAAGAGAUUGAGAAGACGCUUGCAAUAUUAAUUGGACUUAUUGCUGGUGUGGCUCUUCUAAUUGUAUUCCUCUCUUGCUUAAGAAAAAUAUGUGAAAAAGGGAAAGGUGGAAAAUAAAUUCCUGUUUGUUGAUAAUUCUUGGAAUGGACUCUCUGUUUCUCCUAAUCCCUCUUUGGUAAAUUAUUUCGCUUUUUGGUGGCUCUUUCUUUGUUUCAGUUUUUAGCUCUUUAAUCCCAACUUUUUCCUCUCCUACUGUUCCCUUUUGAAAGUGUUUCUUUCAUAUUUCCUAUAAAGGAUACUUGAAGGUAUAUAGAAAAGAUGUGUAUGUUUAAAGCUGUACCUUGAAACCAGUGAAAUGAAAUUUGCAAUAAGAAGGAAAAAAAAAAUUAAAAAAAAAAAAAAUGCUCUAAGAUUCCUUACUUUCCCACACUUCCACUUAAGUUUUGAACAAUGUUAGCCUGUUUACCAUGAAUUUUAUUUUGUGCAAAUUUUUAUGUAAAAAGUGCAUUUGUAAUGAUGAGUUAGUUCAUCUUUGCUAGUUUCUUAUAAAGAAAUUGCCAACUUUUUAUUGAA